GAAUCGGAUCGGAUUGGAUCGGACCGGACAGGACCAGCCCAGACCAGAUCAGAUUCCUUCAGACCGCAUCGCCCGACCGGAACUUCAGCAGUCGCCAUGCCUUUCGGGAACACGCACAACAAGAUGAAGAUGAACUACUCGGCCGAGCAGGAGUUUCCCGACCUGAGCCAGCACAACAACCACAUGGCCAAGGUGUUGACGCCCGAAGUGUACGCUCAGCUGCGGGACAAGGAGACACCCAGCGGUUUCACCCUGGACGACGUCAUCCAGACGGGCGUGGACAAUCCAGGUCACCCGUUCAUCAUGACGGUGGGCUGCGUGGCGGGAGACGAGGAGACCUACGAGGUGUUCCGGGACCUCAUGGACCCCAUCAUCGAAGACCGCCACGGGGGCUACAAACCCGAUGAUAAGCACAAGACCGACCUCGACCCAGAGAACCUGCAGGGCGGAGACGAUCUGGAUCCCAACUACGUUCUGAGCUCUCGGGUUCGGACCGGCCGCAGCAUCCGCGGCUUCUGUUUGCCGCCUCACUGCAGCCGCGGAGAACGGCGUGCUAUCGAGGACCUCGCCAUCCAAAGUCUGGACGCUCUGGACGGAGAUCUGAAAGGUCGCUACUAUGCCCUGAAGAACAUGACGGAGGAGGAACAGCAGCAACUGAUCGACGACCACUUCCUGUUCGACAAACCCGUGUCGCCGCUGCUGCUGGCGUCCGGCAUGGCUCGCGAUUGGCCCGACGGUCGCGGCAUCUGGCACAACGACAACAAGACCUUCCUGGUGUGGGUCAACGAGGAAGACCACCUGCGUGUCAUCAGCAUGCAGAAAGGCGGCAACAUGAGGGAGGUCUUCACCAGAUUCUGUACCGGACUCACCAAGAUCGAGUCGCUGUUCAAGGAGCGAAGUCACGAGUUCAUGUGGAAUGAGCACCUGGGCUACGUCCUCACCUGCCCGUCCAACCUGGGGACCGGCCUGCGCGCCGGCGUCCACGUCAAACUCCCCAACCUUAGCAAGAACGAGCUCUUCGGGGAAGUUCUCAAACGUCUAAGGCUGCAGAAGAGAGGCACAGGGGGCGUGGACACGGCGGCGGUGGGCGGCGUCUUUGACAUCUCCAACGCGGACCGCUUGGGUUUUUCUGAAGUGGAACUGGUCCAGAUGGUGGUGGAUGGCGUCAACCUUCUGGUGGACAUGGAGAAACGCCUGGAGGCCGACGAAGCCAUCGACGACUUGAUGCCCGAGCAGAAGUGAACCUUUCGCCUGGGACACCUCGCACCCUCUCACAUAACCUGUCACGCCCGUAACCACGCCGACCCCUGACCCCCUAGACCUCCAACCCUGCCUCCCACGUUAAGCAGAAGCUGAUUUACGGGAUGUUAGUGAGCCACGUAGAUGUCUGACACUCCUUGAUUUUCUAGUUCCCGUUUGGAGCAGCUGAAAUAUCCCAUAAUAACAAUAAUAAUGAUAAAAAUCAUAAUAAUUAUGAUGAUGAUAAUAAAGUCUGUGAAACACCAA